UUUCUCUUCUCCCGCCGUUGUCGCCAUGCUCCUCUAGAUGAUUGGGAUGGUGGUUUCUGAGUUUCUUUAAAGGUCUUGCAGCUAAAGUAUCAUCUCUCUGUACCGGCUUAAUCAUGGCCUCUAUCACCCUCACCCUCCGGAGGCCAAAUAUACUCCUCCGGCUUGGCUCCAGGACCUCAGAAGAGUCUCUGAAGCUCCAAUCACGACCUCUGGAUCCACAAGCCCCCCUCCGGCUUCUUUCUUUCAACGACCUCCCACCCUGGUAUCAAGACAACCCCUACAUUCGCACGGCCUACCGUCCCGUCUCCAACUCCUUCAAGCACUGCCUCCACUCCCUCUCCUACUUCCACAACGAAACCCUAAACAUCUACACCCACCUCCUCCCCGCCGUCCUCCUCCUCCUAUCCUUCACGCCCUACCCCCAAUCCCUCCUCCGCGAGCACCUCCCCACCUCGACGCCCCUCGACGGCGCCAUCUUCACCCUCAACCUGCUCGCGGCGCUCACCACCUUCUCCCUGUCCGCUACGUACCACACGUGCAUGUCGCACUCGCAGCCCAUCAACGCGGCGGCGCUACUGGCCGACUACGCGGGUAUCCUGCUGCUCAUCCUCGCCUCCUUCGUCUCGGGCAUCCACGUCGGCUUCUACUGCGAGCCCGCGCUCAAGCUGCUCUACUGGGCCAUGAUCGCCUUCUUGGUGCUGCUCACGGGCGUCCUGAUCCUGCACCCGCAGCUGCAGGGCCCGCGCUGCCGCGCCGUCCGCACCACGGCGUUUGUGGCGACGGCGCUCAGCGGGUUUGCGCCGAUUGCGCAUGGGCUGUGGUUGUAUGGGUGGGCGGAUAUGUGGGGGAAGAGCGGCAUGCGGUGGUGGUUGGGCGAGGGCGUGGCGUAUGGGAUUGGGGCCGGGUUCUUUGCGGGGAGGUGGCCCGAGAGGUGGGUUUGGGGGUUGUAUGGGGGUAAGGGGAAGGGGAGGUGGGUGGAUGUUUUGGGGGGCAGUCAUCAGAUUUUUCAUUGUUUGGUCGUGGUUGGGGCGUGUGUGCAUUUGUGGGGUGUUUGGGAUGCUUGGGGGUGGGUUGGGAGGGGGGAGGGGUUGGGGGGGUGUGCGGCGAUUUAA